UCGUCCAGUUUCAUCUCUGCGAGCUCCAUCCUCUUGAUCAUCUGCUUUCGCCCUUCGUGGUCUAACAUCGCAACUAUGUUCUCGUUCGCCAAGGUUGCGUCUUUCGCUGUUCUAGCGUUGGGCACCCUCGCUUCCGCAUCUGCACUCCCAGCGGUCAAGAACGCCGCACCUGUCACCGCCUCCAAAGCGACCAUCCAAAAGCGUGAUGAUACCAGCAUUGCCGCUAUCUUUGCGAACCUGAACACGGCGCUCACGCCCGUUCUCUCUGGACUUACCGGGGCCACCGACACUGCCACCGUUCAGGCAGGCAUUAGCGAAGUCACCUCGCUCAUCCAGAGCGCCACGACCUCCCUUUCGGGCCUCACCGGGGAGCCCCAGUCCGAGGCGCUCGCUACCCUCGACGGCACUGGUACUCUCAGUGUCAGCGAUGUCGCAGGCCUCCUCGGCGGACUCUUGAACACCGUCUUCGGUGUCCUCGGUCCUCUCACUACAGGCACAGACGCGACGGGCGGGCUUGACCUCCUUACACCUCUUCUGGACGUGGUCUCGUCGCUGCUGAGCGUCGUACUUUCGCUCCUCGGUACAUCGGGGCUGCCCCUCGUCGGCGAUCUCUUGCCGCUCAUCCUUGGGCUCCUCCCCACGCUCCUCGACCUCCUCCUUCCUAUCCUCUUGGGAUUGCUUUCCCUCUGA